AACAGAAAAAAGUUGAACCCUGGACCCAUUGAAUGUAUCCUGCAUCCUCUAUCCUGUUUCAGAGCUUCAGGGUGAGUCUGUUCUGACGGGUUUAAAUGGGAACGGUUCUGUUUUCAGAGAAAUGGAUUUCACUAUUUAUGAGAGCCUCUUCAACAGACUAGCUUCGUCUCUGUACAAUAAAGGAGCCUUCAGUCAGACAAAGAUGGUGACCAGUGUACCUGCAAUGUCUAUUUUCAAAACUUUGCAGUUUUUCAGGCAACCACUCGGGCUGAUGAAAACUCUUUUCAUCGAGGUGAAAGUCACUGAAGCGCCCAGCUUCAGCAUCAGGCAGAGUGAUGGAAUCACUGUCAACGGCAGAGCCAGAGUGCGAGUGUUCACAAUGAAGGCCAAAAACAAGAUCAGGGCCGUCAAGAAACAGAGCAAUCUCCUCUCUGUGUCAGCGACAUUUAAGGUUGCUAUGGAGGUUGCUAUAACAGGACAGAGUCUGACUUUUCAUUCAAAUGAAGUCCUCUGUACCAUCCUCACCAAAACUGCCUUCAGAGAUGCAUUGCUGAGCGUUUUAAAUGGUUUUCUGAAGAGCAAGAUUGAGAAAACAAUUUCUGAAAUGCAGAUUCCUUUUCCCAAAGAAGUGGCAUUCACUCGUGGAGAGAUCGACUUCUUUGAUGGCUCGAUAAGGGUCAGGGUGAGCCUGGAAGUUGCUGACGCCAUAAUGGAGAAGCUGGUGGGGAAGGUACACGAGAGACUUGGAAAAGUGCUGAAGCGUGUAUGAAGUCUGGUUGAGAUUAUUAUCAUCAUCCUUUUGUACUGACGCUUUUAUUCAGCCUGAACAAACAUGAAAUGUAAUUAUUGAUAUUGGAUUGCUGUUUGUUCUUUGUUUUGCAUCGUUUUAUACUGUAAAGGAGAUUUUUGUAUCUCAAUGAGAUAAAACAAAUAGAAUUAUAUUUUAAAUAAAAUGAUUUCCCACUCUUGC